AUGGCUAAGGAGGUUGCAACUCUUCAUCAUGAUUAUUCUUCUUUUUACACCAUAGUGGAUAUCAUUGUUGAUGUUGUCACCAAUUUGGUUAAGUGGUAUAACUCCUUUAUUCCAAAAUUUGAUACGAAAGGUGAGUCUGAUGCUCAGGAAGUUGCAGUAUUGAAAGCAAUCUUGAAUAAUCUUACUAUGUUAGUUUCGAAAGUUGGAUCUUCUUCAUUUGAGUUACUUACUCCUAAGUUUUUAACUCAGAAAUUUCGGUUAUUGGGAUCUGUUAUUCACACAAAGUUAGCUCCACACGAAACUGGUCAACUUUAUGCCAACGGCUGCCCACCUGUUCACACAGGGUGGAAGGGGGGGGGGGAGGAUGGUGUUGGCAUGGGAUCGAAAGUUGUGAUAGUGGAUUCGCGGGAGCCAACAGUGCAGAAGGGAGCGUAUCAUAGUGUUUCAAGGUUCUUCGAUUAUGGUUUUAUCGGUGCUCGUAGGAAGGCAAAGGCAAGACUGUACACACUCAUCAGCAACAUUCAGGAUUUCUCGUUUCUUAUAUUACUCUGA